AUGCGCGCGCGGUGUGGUAUUGCUAGCCGGCGACCGUCGAAGCAACGACAGCGAGGAGCAGUGGAAAGGCGGCGGACUGGGGAGCACGAGGUCAUAGGUUCGGUCCCCGUCCUAUGCAAAAUUUUUUGCAAUUUUUUCUUUUUUGGUUAAUUUCGUCUAACUGCUCCUUUCUUGAGUUUUGAAGCGUAGAAACAUGAGAAAACUUCUUUUUAAACCUUUAUAAACAUCUGGACUUAUUUUUUUGUCGCAAAAUUUUUUUACAUGGAUUUUUUUCGUGAUUUUUCCAUGUAUGAGCAUGGGUUGAAGUAUGAAAAUUUUUCGAAAAAAAAAUUUUUUUGUUUUUGUUUCAAAAAGUUGCACUAGUCCAAGUAAUAAUGACUACGCUGUCAAAACUCACAGAAUGGUUUUUUCAGACCUCACCGCGCAAAUACGGAUCUAUGAGAAUGAAAGAAAAGCAAGUUUUUUUCAGCUUUUUGCUGAAAAACUUUUGAAGAACUUCCUUCUAGUUACUAAAUUUUACAACUAGAACUGUGAUCUCCUAAAUAAAUUCUUUACCAUGAGAUUUUUGAAAGUUUACCUUCCAGUUAGACUUCGUCGAGAGUGAAAUUUCAAAAAGAAUUUAUAAAAAAAUAAAUAAAACUUUUUAAAGCAAUAAUUUUUUUAUUUUUCGAGCAUUUUCCAUGUAUGAGCAUGGGUUGAAGUAUGAAAAUUUUCGAAAAAAAAUUUUUUUGUUUUUUGUUUUUUUGUUUUUUUGGUUCAAAAGUUGCACUAGUCCAAGUAAUAAUGACUACGCUGUCAAAACUCACAGAAAAAAUUUUUUCACUUCCAAAAAGAUCUUUUUUAGGUUCCAAUGAUUUAUAUGCCAUGAUUGCCUUUUGUCGAAAAAAAGUUUAUUUCCACGACUGUCCCGAAAUCAAAAAGAAAGAUAAUGCUCGAAAAUAAAAAUUAUUGCUUUAAAAAGUUUUUAUUUAUUUUUUUAUAAAUUCUUUUGAAAUUUCACUCUCGACGAAGUCUAACUGGAAGGUAAACUUUCAAAAAAAUCUCAUGGUAAAGAAUUUAUUUAGGAGAUCACAGUUCUAGUUGUAAAAUUUAGUAACUAGAAGGAAGUUCUUCAAAAGUUUUUCAGCAAAAAGCUGAAAAAAACUUGCUUUUCUUUCAUUCUCAUAGAUCCGUAUUUGCGCGGUGAGGUCUGAAAAAACCAUUCUGUGAGUUUUGACAGUGUAGUCAUUAUUACUUGGACUAGUGCAACUUUUGAAACAAAAAAAAAACAAAAAAAAAUUUUUCGAAAAUUUUCAUACUUCAACCCAUGCUCAUACAUGGAAAAUCACGAAAAAAUCCAUGAAAAAAAUUUGCGACAAAAAUAAGUCCAGAUGUUUAUAAAGGUUCAAAACGAAGUUUUCUCAUGUUUCUACGCUUCAAAACUCAAGAAAGGAGCUCUUACACGAAGAUUUCAAAAAAGGGAAAAAUUGCAAAAACAUUUUGAACAGGACGGGGACCGAACCUAUGACCUCGUUAUCCCCAGUCCGCCGCCUUUACACUGCUCCUCGCUGCCCUUGCUUCGACGGUCGCCGGCUAGCAAUACCACACCGCGCGCGCAUUCUCUUAUGUUCGGCGGGGCUUUGAAAGAUCAUAUCUAG